AUGGCUUCCAUUGGCGCGCAAUCAUAUAGCCUUGCUCUUCAGAAGUAUAUGCUUCUGACUGAGCAGCACCAAGAGUUGUGCGACCAUCUCGACCAAAUCCGCCCCGAGUUUAACUUCUCUCACACCUCAUCACCAUCUACUUCGCCCACCCGAUCAUCAUCCUCAUCAUUGUCGCUCCCGCCAUCACCGAAACGCCACUCCCGGAGUGGACGACACCACUCACGUUCGCACGCCCGUUGCAGCGGCUGGGAAGACCGCAAUGAACUCUCUACUAUCCCAGAUGAGGAGACAAUUUACGAGAUCUCAGCAGAAGAGCAGCGCCUUUCCGAAGUCAAUGAGAGCAUCAAGCGCACAUUGACAGAGCUCCUCAACUGCGGCAGCGUACGCGCCGACAGGGCAUUCAGAACUUGGGUGCAGACAAGGCUCAUGGAGACAGAAAAGGAGCUUCGCAGUGGACGAAGACGCAGAAGCUCAGGCAACGAGUAA